AACUCCAGACAAAUCCUUCACAGCCUGGAUGAACAAAGGCAAAAGGGACUGUUCUGUGAUGUUAUCCUGGUGGCCGACGACCAAAGAGUCCCAGCCCACAGAAAUGUCCUGUCCGCCUGCAGCGACUACUUCAACUCCAUGUUCACCAUUGGCAUGAAGGAAGCCCACCAAACUGAGGUGGAACUGGUUGGGGCCUCCUACAUUGGCCUCAAAGCUGUCGUCGACUUCCUGUACAGCAGCGACUUGACUUUAGAUGGUGGCAACAUUGACUACAUCCUUGAGACGGCCCAUCUCCUUCAAGUCUGGAAAGUGGUGGAUUUCUGCUGCGAAUAUUUGGAGAGCGAGGUCAACGAGGAGAAUUACCUCUAUCUACAGGAGCUGGCCUCCAUUUACAGCCUGGAUCGGCUUGGGUCCUACAUUGACUCUUUCAUCUUGAACAAUUACAGCAGUAUGGCCUUCACCAAUGACUACUUAGAGAACGUCAGUGUCCAGAAGCUGUGCCAGUACCUUGCGAGCAACCGGGUUCAACAUGUUAGUGAACAUGAACUUCUACAGUCCGCUCUUCAGUGGCUGACCCACAACCCCGACCGAGAGAGCCAAGCCUAUCAGGUCCUGCAGAACAUCCGAUUCUCACUUAUCUCCAAGAGUGACCUUGUGCAUCGGGUGAAACCCGCCAUGACAUCGCUCCUGCCGAAAAACGCCAGCUGUGAGGGCCUGGUGGAUGAAGCCAUCCACUACCAUUCCAAUGUGGCUGCACAGCCGCUCCUCCAGAACGUCCGCAGCACUCUUCGUAGCGGGACAGAAAGGCUGCUCUUUAUAGGCGGGGAGGUCUCUGAACACUGUCUGGAGCUCAGCGAUGAUGUUUACAGCCUUGACCUUCAGAGGGAACAGUGGCUUUCAGAGACUCGACUUCCUGCAAGAAGGAGCCACCACUGCGUCACGUCUCUGGGUAACUUCAUCUAUGUCGCUGGUGGGAGCUUCUCGAUUGAUGAUGGCGGGGACGCGGCCUCCAACGUCCUCUACAGAUUUGAUCCUCGCUGUGGUCAGUGGAUCCAGGUGGCCGCCAUGAACCAGCCUCGAGUGGACUUCUACUUGGCCUCGGUGAGCGAUAAGAUGGUUGCAGUGGGCGGGAGAAAUGAAAAUGGGGCCAUGUCUUCGGUGGAAAUCUACUGCCCUCGUGUGGAUGCCUGGACCUACGUGUCGGAGCUCCCCAGAUUCACAUAUGGCCAUGCAGGCACCGUCCACAAGGACUUCAUCUACAUAUCCGGAGGACACGACUAUCAGAUCGGCCCCUACAGGAAGAACCUGCUGUGUUACGACCCCCGGGCGGAUGUCUGGGAGGAGCGUAGACCCAUGAUCACUGCCCGGGGCUGGCACAGCAUGUGCACCCUGGAUGAUAGCAUAUAUGCCAUAGGGGGGAGCGAUGACAACCAGAACUCCAUGGAGCGCUUUGACAUCCACAGCGUAGAGUGCUACAGCCCCCAGUGCGACCAGUGGGUGCGCAUUGCUCCCCUUCUUCAGCCUAACAGCGAAUCCGGCGUGGCGGUCCUGGACGGGAAAAUCUACAUCCUGGGUGGCUACAGCUGGGAGAACACCACAUUCUCCAGAAUGGUUCAGGUCUACGACAAAGACAGGAAAAAAUGGGUGAAAGGGUCUGAUCUUCCCAAGACCGUGGCUGGCGUCUCUGCUUGCGUUUGCAUGCUGAAAAACAGAGGCGACGACAGGAAUAAAAAAAGCAAGACGAAAAGGCACUCUGAUAGAGGAUGGUGA